AUGGUGAGCUUCCAGUGCGAAGACUCUGUGCCACUAUGGCGUACCACCUGGGCCAGCAACCCCAAACUGAUCAGCUCGCAGAGUUGCAUGACCGAGGAACAGAAGUAUCAAGGAGCUCUUUACAAAAACAAAAAGGCAAAGACUGCACCAACAAACACACAGUCUGCGCAAAAGGACAUGGCUUACGCAGCUUACGUGGAGGAGGUCGCCGACUAUGAGGGAUGGGAGGAUGUACCGGCCGCACCACCUCACGCUCCCAGCCCGCCAGCGACUUUUGGUGGUUUCAACGUCUUCGACUAUCAGGUGAACGCAACACCGAGCGCCUCCACCGUCGCAAUACCACAGGCUGUUGGUCCAGCCCAGGAACCUGCAGAGAGCACGGAGCUGGUGCGAUACGAGUACAAGCGGGAACCCUACCAAGAUAUCGAUGCGGACAUGAUGGCCGACGACGAGGCCCUCAUCCAGUACGGCUCAGGCCCUGUACCGGCCGAGGCCAACUCCUAUGAUACGCCUGCACCCAGGAGGGAACGAAAGAAGGCAAGCAAGGAGGACAAGAAGGACAAGAAGCGAAAGCGUUUGCACGUGGACACCCGUGACCUCGAAAUGCCGGAUGCGCCCAUCCUUCACUCUGAUCUAACCGGGGGACUGAACCGCCUCAUGAGCAGGCCGCAUGCCUUCCCCCCAUCACCUGACUAUUCGGGUUCUGGCGGAGAGGUUGCUGAGAACCCUGCGAGUCCAUUGAAAAAGUCGAAACAUUCCAAACACCACAAGUCCAGCCGGCCAGAUAGUGGGAUUUUUAGUGGUAUUACCUCAAUGCUUGCAAGCGGGAACUCGAAAACGGCAACCAAAUCCAAGAAGCGCAAGCACACUUCCACAACAACGUCAGCUUCCACCAAGAAGCGUCAUUCCCACACCUCAAAACGACUAGAAGGUGCCAAGGAGGUUAAGAUGCUCGAGUACAACAAGAAUGACGAGGGAGAGUCCAGAGAUGGGCCAGGCACUUUGGUCGUCUACAAGCCUCAGGCAGACUUAUUCUUUAGCCUGGUCAAGAAGGGUCUGGACAGCCACCGCGGCUGCAGUGUGAGCAAGGCUUUGAGACGAUAUCACCGCGAACGCAGCAACACCGGCCACGACGUGUCCAGGUCAAGGGAAGAGAAGGAGCUGUUCCGCUCGCUACGCCUGCGUCGCAACGAGCAAGGGGAGAUCGUGUUGUACAGCGCACCCGACGAGGAGUGA